AUGAUACUAGAAGUAUGCCUCCCUUGGAAGCUGUGCUACUUUGGCGUCCAUUCUUUUCAGCGCCUCGUGACUGAUGAGCCACUGACCCUCCGAUCAUCGGAAAGCACAAACUCCUCUUGCCUCCUACCGGCCCUCGAGCUAAGAGUUUCCGUUAUAGACCAAUCUUCAUGUUUGCUCGACGUAUUCGACGACAAGCUGACGACCAACACAGUGUUGCAUAACGCUGGUUGCAGAGGAUUUAUUUCCCGCCGCAGGUGCAUACAAAUAAACCCGGUGGAACGUGUCCUGUUGGCGAAUUGGGGGGCUGGGCUGCUGUGUACCAGGUGGCGGAGGCUGGGUGAAGAUGUUCAACUAGUUUAG